GACCGUAGCUUUCUACAUCAAUAUCAGAGGUGAGGUGCAGGGUGCGGAGACUCUAUUAUCAGUGGUGUUUUAGUGUACGAUCAGAGUCUGUUGAUUUCCAUCCAAGAAAAAUCCAUGAUGCGGAUGAAAGCAGUGAGAUGUCCUACAGAUGAGCUCAGUCUCUCAAAUUGUGCAAUUGUCAAUCCUAACGAUCUUCCCGAUGUCAAGCACAUUGAGGUGACUACAGCACCAAAUUAUCAUUUUGUGUUUACUGUGAAAACACAUCAUGAGAUUCCACCUGGUACAGUUGGUUUCAGUUUGCCUCAACGAAAGUGGGCAACACUGUCUCUCAAUCAAGAGAUUGAGGUUCGGCCAUAUCAUUUUGAUCCAACCUCUAAUACAGAAUGUUUAUGCAACAUUGUUUUGGAAGCUGACUUCUUGCAGAAAAAAACAGUUACUUUGGAGCCAUAUAAUACAGAUGAAAUGGCCAAGGAAUUUCUGUUACAAUUUUCUGGCCAGGCAUUCACCGUGGGUCAGCAGCUGGCAUUUCAGUUUAAAGAUAAGAAAUUGCUUGGAUUAGUUGUCAAAAGUUUGGAGGCUGCUGAUUUAUCGGCUAUUAGUUCAGGCCAAAGUACAAUGCCCAAAAAGACUAAAAUGGGUCGUUGCUUAGGCGACACCUUAAUACAAUUUGAAAAAGCAGAAAAUUCAAGCUUAAAUCUCACUGGGCAAGCUAAGGGAAAAGCUGUUCGCCAGGCCAUUAUUAAUCCAGACUGGGACUUCCAGAAAAUGGGUAUUGGUGGUUUAGAUAAGGAGUUCAGUGCCAUUUUCAGAAGAGCAUUUGCAUCUCGCGUCUUUCCAACGGAGAUUGUCACUCAAUUGGGUUGCAAACAUGUAAAAGGAAUUUUACUGUAUGGGCCACCUGGUACAGGAAAAACAUUAAUGGCUCGACAAAUAGGAACUAUGUUAAAUGCAAGAGAACCAAAGAUUGUAAAUGGCCCACAAAUUUUGGAUAAAUAUGUUGGAGAAAGUGAAGCUAACAUCAGAAGAUUGUUUGCUGAUGCAGAAGAGGAAGAAAAAAGGCUCGGUCCAAACAGUGGACUUCAUAUAAUCAUAUUUGAUGAAAUAGAUGCUAUCUGUAAAUCUCGAGGUAGUGUUGCUGGAAAUACAGGAGUUCAUGACACAGUGGUUAAUCAGCUACUUGCAAAGAUUGAUGGCGUUGAACAAUUAAAUAACAUUCUUGUUAUUGGUAUGACCAAUAGAAGAGACAUGAUCGACGAAGCCUUGUUAAGACCUGGCCGAUUGGAGCUGCAAAUGGAGAUCAGCUUACCAGAUGCACAUGGGCGAUACCAGAUUCUUAAUAUUCACACAGCGCGAAUGAGAGAUUAUAAAAAGAUAGCUUCUGAUGUAGAUCUAAAAGAAUUGGCGGCUCAAACUAAGAAUUUUAGCGGGGCGGAAUUAGAAGGCCUAGUCAGAGCCGCACAAAGCACUGCUAUGAAUCGAUUAAUAAAAGCUGCCAGCAAAGUGGAGGUUGAUCCAGCCGCGAUGGAGAAGCUUGUGAUCACUAAAAGUGAUUUUUUUCAUGCGCUAGAACAUGAUGUCAAACCGGCAUUUGGUACAAGCAUGGAAACACUGAGUCAAUUAUUAAUACGUGGAAUUAUUAAUUGGGGUAAGCCAGUAGCUGAAAUCCUUGCCGAUGGCAGUCUAUGCAUUCAACAAGCUCGAGCGACAGAGGGAUCUGGUCUUGUGUCUGUUCUCUUGGAAGGACCACCAAAUAGCGGAAAGACGGCACUUGCCGCACAAAUUGCAAAGAAUUCGGACUUCCCAUUCGUUAAAGUUUGUACACCUGAUGAUAUGGUCGGUUUUGUUGAAUCUGCAAAAUGUCUUUCUAUACGGAAGGUAUUCGAUGAUGCAUAUCGUUCACAGCUUAGCUGUAUUUUAGUUGAUAAUAUAGAACGUUUAUUAGAUUAUGGUCCGAUCGGACCAAGAUACUCUAAUCUGACAUUGCAAGCACUUUUGGUGCUAUUAAAGAAGUCACCACCGCCAGGUCGUAAACUAUUAAUUUUAUGCACUUCUAGUCGCAGACAAGUUUUAGACGAUUUUGAAAUACUUUCGGCAUUUAAUACCGUUCUUCAUGUGCCUAAUUUGUCAACCCCUGAUCACCUGUUAAAUGUAUUGGAAGAAGUUGAUCUCUUCACAAAACAUGAAAUGGCUUCCUUACAUGCAAAGCUUCAAGGAAAACGUGUAUUCAUUGGUAUUAAGAAAUUACUCUGCCUAAUAGAUAUGACACGUCAAGUAGAACCAAAUUACAGAGUUCCGAAAUUCUUAUCCAAACUAGAGGAAGAAGGCGGCCUAGAGUAAGAAGCCUUAUUUCAUUUUGGGAUAUGCUAACUUUAGAAAUAUAAGUAAAGUGCAAGCGCUUCUGACCGCUUGUUUUAAAUUUAGUGCGCUUGGGCUGAAAUGAUUUUGAUUAUCCCAAAAACGUAUCUUUAGAUUGUAGUAAUUUAUGUAGAAAUAAUUUAAAA